AUGAACACCAAGCUCACCACCCCCAUAGCGCCCGAGACACCCAUCAUCUGCCCUGUCCUGCCCCGCCUCACACCCAGACCCAGACCUCACUCCGCCGAUCUAUGUGGGACGUCGUACAUCCCGCUCCCUGACACUGCCGAGCUCCCCUCAUCCCUGUCACCCAACACGCAGUGUAUCUACGCCCUUAUUCAAUCCGCUAUACACGAGGAUGGUGUCAAGCACAGCACAGCACAGAAUCGCCAUCCCUCCGUCUCUAUUCCAUUCCGUCCCAACCCACACGCACACGAGCUCGCCACGACAGCUGUCACUCCCCUUCUCAGACAUACCUGCAUCAUCGGACACUACAUCCACUUCCACAUGUGUAUCUAUCUGUACCAGCCACACCAUCCGCCUAUACGCCACAAUACACCACAUCAUUUGCCAGCGGUUUCGGAAGCUAGGUUUACGCCACGGUGGUUCACGGCGUGGGACACGAUUUCGCGCUACUGA